AGAGGGGAAAACGUUUGGUUGCUCGGCGACAUCCCCAAGCAGCAAAUGAAUGAAGCGUCGCCAUCACACGCUCUGCAUUGACACAUUCAAGAUGGCGAUGACGUGAACGUACUAUUUGUUUGCCAACGCGAGCACAGCUGAAACCCGCUUUCUAUGACUCAGCUGCAGCCAGUGGAAGUAGAAAAGGCGGAAGUUGGUUAAAUGGCCGCGGGGAGGCGUACGAGCGCGAGCUCGUCGUCGUCUUGGUGUGCUUGCGGCCACUAAAUUCAAAAAAAUAUUUUCAUAAAAUAAUAAACGAGAGCCAUGGCGUCGUACGAGGAGCAACUUUGCCAAGUGAACGAGCGCCAACGGCAACCCGACGCCGCUUUCAUGGCACCGAUCGCGUUGGGCGUUCAAGCCUUGCGAGGAGGGGAAGAGGAAGGGGCGGAUUCACUGAGCCCACACGUUAAAGAAGAGGACGGGGAGGAGCCGCAGCCCUCACGCGUUAAAGAGGAAGAUGCCGACCCUCCUCACGUUAAGGGGGAAGGAGAGGAUCCGGAGUCCCCCAAUGUCAAGGAGGAAGAGGAGGAGGUUGAUGUCAGCGAGUUGCCGCUGAAUGUGCUCGUUGUGAAAAGCGAAGACGACGAAGACGAAUCACCCGAGUCGUCAUAUCUUCGUCGUCAACGCAGUCCGAGCGGAGGAGCAGCACCGGACGAGCUUUUGGCGCCGCUGUCGGACAGCGACGACGAGGAAGCUGACGGCAAGCAGUCGGAAAGCUCUGAAAAGACGACGAGUGAGCACGCGGCUCAAAAACCGUUCGGGUGCUCGGUUUGCGCUAAAGUCUUUUCCUACAAGUGGAACUUGAACGCGCACAUGCGAACGCACACCGGAGACAAACCCUUCAGUUGUCCGGUUUGCGGCAAAGGUUUUCCUCGAAGGGGAAAUAUGGUGAGACACGCGAGAACGCACGCGAGUGCGAAACCCGCCCCCGAUACCGCCGUCGAUUCGCCGGACGUCUUGUUGAUCGCGCGCGCGGCGACGCAAAAGCCUCUGGCUUGCUCCGUCUGCGGCGAAUGGUACUCUCGGAAGCGCAGCUUGAAAAUCCACAUGCGCACGCACGGCGGCGAAAAGCGCUUCAGCUGCUCACUCUGCGGCGAGUGGUACUCCCACAAGAGCAGCUUGAAAGCGCACACGUGGACGCACACGGGAGAGAAACGCUUCGCCUGCUCCGUGUGCGGCCAAUCUUUUACUUACAAGCACAAUUUGACGGCGCACAUGGCGACGCACACGGGAGAGGCGUUCGCGUGCUCCGUUUGCGGCAAACGUUUUACUUGCAGGCAAAACAUGAACAUACACAUGAGGACGCACACGGGAGAGAAACCCUUCGCUUGCUCCGUCUGCCACAAAAACUUCUCCUACAAGUCGGCCAUGACCCAGCACAUGAGAACGCACACGGGAGAAAAACCCUACAGCUGCUCCAUUUGCGGCGACGACUUUGCUCAGAAGCUGACUUUGGUCGCACACGUGGCGACGCACACCGGGGAGAAACCGUUCACUUGCUCCGUUUGCGGCAAAAGCCUCUCUUAUAAACACGGCUUGAAAUCGCACAUGCGGAUACACACGGGAGAGAAAAGGCUUCGCUGCUCGGUGUGCGCCGACAGUUUUUCUUCCAAGUCCAGUUUAAAUAUACACAUGAGGAGACACACGGGAGAGAAACCAUUCACGUGCUCCGUUUGUCAGAGGAGCUUCUCUCAUAAGAACACGUUGACGGCGCACAUGCGGACGCACAAGAACGAUUGAACAUUUUCAUUUCCUAUGGGGAGGGGGGCGUUUCGGUUCUUACAAAAGGGUCUUUGGGGAAAUUUAAAGGAAAGCAGGGUUGAACGUUUUGAACAAAUCGACAUUUGCUGUAUAUAACGACGACGUGGCCACACGAGUAGUGACCGUUUGCGACAAGAAUAAAGAGUCAAAUUUCCAA